GACUGCAGUGCUCUGCUCACAGAGAGAUGAGCGCGCGUUAUCACGAGACCCGUGUAACUUUAAGCAGAUCCAAAAACGAUAUUUUAUAUUUAUAUUAUAUUUAAAUACGUGAUAUUUUUCGCGUUCUGCUCAUUCAUUUGUAAAUCAACGACGAGAUAAACAGACAUAUCCAUAGAUUCCUAUGUGCGCGUUUGUGAAUCAAAUCGUUUCUGCAGUGCACAGUGAAGUAAAGCAUCAUCUCUGACGCACAUCAGAAGGAAUCCCACCGCUCGCAUCAUCAGCACCAGUGAGCGUGUCCUCAGUCUCCGGCCUCGCAUCAUCACCGCCAGUGGGCGUGUCCACAGUCUCCGGGCUUCAUUCAUAAACUCGGGCUGCCAUUAGGAUGAAAUAUAACGCGUCUUCAGGAGGUUCGUGCCGUUGGCGAGCGCCCAUAACGCGUCCCUCACACGGACAGCAUGAAUUAUAAAUAGGUGUCUCACAUUCAAUGCUGGACCAUGAGUGAUGAGUCUCCAUUACAGACACGCCUGACCACCGACGUACCGUUGGCGUCAGGUGCGCAGGAGAAAUACAUCCAUCUGCUGGUGCUGUUGUGUGUGUUUGCUGGCGGGAUUCUGAUCCUUCUGUCCAUCCUGAUCAUCUUCUGUCAUCGCUGCUGUGAACGACAGCGCAGACACUCCAGAGCCAGCGAGGAUCAGGAGAAAACUAACACCACAUAUAUAGAGGAGAGUCAACCAACACAAGAUGUCACUAUCAGAAUGGACAGCAGUGAACCCAUCUCUACGACCAGUUGUUGUGGCGAUACAGACACCGAGCAGUUCCUGUCUGUGGCGUGCACGGCCCGCCGGGUGUCUUUCAAUGAGACCGCCAUUUAUGAGCAGAGCUCAAAAGACAAGGAGAGAGGACGCAGGUACACACUCACAGAGGGCGACUUUCACCACCUGAAGAGAUCUCGUCUGACACAUUCACACAUCCAGACACCUGUACUAAAGAUCGUCACUAUACUGGAGUGUGAUCCACCUGAAAACAACAUCAACAUCUCUGAUGAAUCCUCACAUGAACCUUCCCUCGCUAUAUUUCAGCCCGGUGAAGGUCCAUCAUCAGACUCACCUGUACUGUGGACAAACCAAAGCUCCAGCUGUGCUUUACCCGGAGACUCUCUGAACACCAGCGUCACCAACAGCAAACACUCCACAAAACCCCACCGAUCACAAACCCUGGAGAUGUUGAGCAGAAACGUGCCGCUGGAAGAAGACGCGUCCGGCGGUGGUUCAGGUCUGGUUCAGGGCAGCAUGUUAAACUUUCUUUCUAAACUUCGGCGUCACGCCAGUCUGGAAGGUGCCGCUCCCUUCUACAGCGUAAAGAAAUGGAGCUUUGACACCAUUCAGAGAGCGGCUAGUUUAGACAUGAGAGGUUCUCCACGCAGACGUGCGUUUCAGAGGCAGAGAGCCGCCAGCGAGACUUUGGAUCCUGAAGAGGAUCAUCUGCAGGGUGGAGUUUGUGACUUUCUGUUGAGAAAGUGUCCGGCUCAGCCGCAGACGGAUCCACCAAGACGUCUCUCUGCUGGUUCUCUGGAGCCCGGCGCAGGAACUUCACUCAGCAGGUUAGAGGUGAAGAGCGUUAUGGAGCUCAGAUACAAUACAGAAGCAGAUCUUUCAUCACUCGGGCCUGUGGAGAUGAAGAGCAGUGUGAAUAAUGGACACACACUUAAGAAUGCUGAAGAAUUCGGACCAGAUAGUUAUCAGGAGAAUUUUGAGCAGCCCAACUUAUAUCGUGACAUCUGGAGUCUGAGAGCAUCGCUGGAGCAGUACGCCUCUUCUGACCUGAGCAGCAAUGACAGAGACUCAACACGCAGCGAUGCCGACAGCGUCUGCUCUGUCGGGGCUUCCAGGACGGCCGUCACGAGCUAUCAGUCGCAAGACAUCGACGAUGAGAUGGACGGGGACAGUGAGCUGCCGUAUGACGAUGCCGCUAGGGAAUCAGGGAUGCAGAGAAAUGGACGGGACAGCAUGGACUCGGAUAGAGGCGUAGAUGGAGAAACGACCAACAGGAAACUUUUGCAAAUGGACAGCGGUUACGCCUCCAUCGAGGCUCCGUGCAAACCUCCGGAGGAAUUCCGACUGUUUGGAAGCGCUUCUGGGAAGACCGCUUCAGAACGGCGACGUUUUUUCACAAACGCAGGACGCAAAGGCACGGUGUGUGAGAGUUUUGAGGCACGGCUGUUCAAGGAAGAGCUGGAGGACGAGGUGUCGGAGAGUACAGAGGUUAAGGUUUCCCCCAGAAGUUUCCCAGAAGAGCAACCCACAGUCAAACCCAGAGCGCCCUUCCGUCGUCGAGACUACAGCAUUGAUGAAAAGACAGAGGCACUGUUCAAUGAAUUCUUGCGUCACGAUCCCCAGUUUGAUCAGCAGGGGUCGCCCUCACUGAGACAUCGUCACCGUUCUCGCAUCCACCUGCGCAAACAGUGGCAGCGCAGUAAACAGUACAGCGACCCCGGGGCAGCGCGAUACUCGCCGUCACUUGAACGACAGCGCUGCUAUCCGCUGCGCAGAGGCGACAGCGCCAACUAUCCUCUGGACACGCGAUACCACAGCACCUUGCCUCGCAUCGCUAGCGCUGCCGACGAGGAGGCCAGCGAAGGAGCAGCUGGCACAGAAUCUCCUGAACCGGAAAACAGCGUUUUAAAACCUGAGGGUGCUGGUCCGUCCUCAGCGACUGAAAGUCCUGGUCCGGACCUGGAAGAAAACGCUAACAACAGCAGCAACAACAUGAGCUGUUAUUUCUCUUCUUCACAUUCGCAGGACAACGGUGCCAAGGAUCAUGGGAUCAUGGGCUUUGAAACAACUGCCCAUACUGCAGAUGCACAUAAACAUUCAGAGACUGAGGUCAUGAGCUCUUUUAGUCAUUUCCAUUCAUACACAGACCCUGAAAACCUUCAUCACACUCACCCAGAUCCGAUAGGUUCAGGCAGCGUACAUCACAUCCUUACCGACACGAGCCCGUCAGACAAACUAGUGUCUGCACUGGAUGAUCGGCUGUACUCCAACCUGAGGACUCACAUAGGAAAUCAAGAGUGUGUAGUGACCGUGAGCCGCACCUCACCAGACCUGGGAGAAGAAUAAAACAUUGUGUUAUGUUCACACAGGCUAUGUUCAUAUGACCUGAUUUUUUUUCGGAUGACAGUUUGACAGGGGUGGGCAUUCCUGGUACUGGAGGGCCACUGUCCUGCAAAGUUUAGCUCCAACCCUAAUCAAACACACCUAGCUAAACUUUGCAGGACAGUGGCCCUCCAGGACCAGGAAUGCCCACCCCUGCAAUAAGAUGACUUAUUUGAUCAACUUAAUGUCACCAUGAAAAUAAAAUGAAAGGUGUAAUGUGUUUUUAGCAGCAUCUAGUGGUGUGAUUGCGAAUUGCAACCAACCUCAAUAUAAAAACGCUAAGAGAAGCUAUGGUAGCCGCCACAGGAAAAACAUGUCAUCGUCUAAGGCAGUGGUUCUCAAACUUUUUCAGCGUGCGGCCCCCCUUGUGUAUGGUGCAUUCCUUUGCGCCCCCCCCAAAGAAAAUAUAUAAAUAUAACAAAAAAAUUUCAAAAAUUAAACAUUUUAAUUAAACAAAACACAUUAAGUUAUACAAAGUAGUGCUGUUGGUUAGUAGCCUUAUUUAUUUUAGGUU